CAUAGAAGAGCAUAGUAAAGAAUGAUUGUCUUCCCUUCUUUCUACCGCUGUGCGCAAACAAUGGUUGGCAUCGUGGUUAUCAUUUUUGUGCUAUUUCAACAAACAUCAACAUGCAGCGCCAAGCAUGACCCAUCUUGUGUUCCUUCUUCAUGCGGCAAAAUUAGCAACAUAACAUAUCCAUUUCGACUGAAAGGCGAUCCACGUGGUUGCGGCCUCCGAAAGUAUGAGUUAGAUUGCGUGAACAACGUGACAGUGUUUACUCUGUUUUUAGGGAAAUACCAUGUGCAGGAUAUCAAUUACGCGAGAUACGAAAUCCGAUUAAUUGAUGCGGGUGUUGUGGAGGACACUGCUUGCUCCAUUCCUCGCUAUUUCUUAAACCGAAGAAGUUUGAAUUUCUUUGAUGGUGACGACAGGCUAACAGCAGGGGAAAAUAUCUCAGGUACAGUGUUUCUAAACUGUACCAAUCCAGUGACCGAUGAUCCUCGAUACGUGGAUGUGAAUGUUGGUGGUUGUGAUUCCGGAGGCCAUAUUUACGCCGUUUUGAAUCGGAAUCAAGAAUUUACUCUCAUGGACAUCAAGGGUGGGUGCCGUGUAAAGGUUGCUACUUUUGCAAACUGGACCUCCGAAAAGAACGUUUCCUAUGGUGAUAUACGUGAGUGGUUGCACAACGGAUUUUGGUUGUCUUGGUUGUCACCAGUUACUUGCAGGGAUAAUUGCGGAAGAGCUUCCUCAUGCUCUCUCAAUGAAACCACAGAACAAGUUCAAUGUGAUGAAGUUUUUGUUCCGUGCUAUAUAUUCGAAGAUAAACUCGUCAAGUGCGCAAUUCAAUCACGAAUUCUCGGAUAUAUAAAAGGUUAUCUCAUUGGUGUUAUAAAUGGAUUAGUUAAAAGAAUAACAUUUCGCACAAAACUUACUGCUUGGGAAGCUAACGAAGAUUUAAUAGGACAAUAUGUUUUACCAAUAUUUUUGGUAGCCAGAUGUCUUUUUGGAGUUUCACUUUUGCUUAUGUUAUAUAUCUAUAUGUGGCGACGAAGACAUGUUUCAAUGUAUGAAAACAUUGAAAUGUUUUUAUUAGACAACAAUCUAAAUCCCAUUAGGUACGAAUAUAAAGAAAUCAAGAAAAUGACUGAAGGUUUCAAAGUGAUAUUGGGUCAAGGAGGUUUCGGCUUUGUAUACAAAGGAAAGCUUCAAAGUGGGUCACAUGUAGCAAUAAAAAUGUUGAACAAAUCCGAAACUAAUGGACAAGACUUUAUUAGUGAAGUGGCUACUAUUGGAAGAAUACAUCACAUGAAUGUGGUACGUCUUAUUGGAUAUUGUGUUGAAGGGAAAAAACGUGCUCUAGUUUAUGAAUACAUGCCAAAUGGGUCAUUAGAUAAAUACAUUUUUUCUAAAGAAGGAAGUGUUCCUUUAAGUUACAAGAAAACUUAUGAAAUAUCUCUUGGAGUAGCUCAUGGGAUUGCAUAUUUUCAUCAAGGUUGUGAUGUACAAAUUCUUCAUUUUGACAUCAAACCUCAUAAUAUUCUUCUAGAUGAUAACUUGAUUCCAAAGGUUUCAGAUUUUGGACUUGCAAAGUUAUAUCAUAUGAAAGAUAGAUCUAUUGUUUUAACUGGUGCAAGAGGAACUUUGGGUUACAUGGCUCCCGAAUUAUUCUACCAAAAUAUUGGUAAAAUAUCUUAUAAAGCUGAUGUGUAUAGUUUUGGAAUGCUUUUGAUGGAAAUGGGAAGUAGAAGAAGGAACUCAAAUCCUCAUGCAGACCAUUCAAGCCAACAUUACUUCCCAUUUUGGAUCUAUGAUCAAUUUAAAGAAGAAAAUGACAUUGACAUGGAGGAUGCCUCAGAAGAGGAUAAAAUUCUAGUGAAAAAGAUGUUUAUAGUUGCACUUUGGUGUAUACAAUUGAAACCAAGUGAUCGUCCAUCAAUGAAGAAGGUUGUAGAGAUGCUUGAAGGAAAAUUUGAAAGUCUUGAAAUGCCUCCAAAGCCUAUUUUCUAUCCCCAUGAAGAUUUUGGACAUGAUAGUGGAAUCAUCUCUGACCAAACAUCAUGGAGUGGUUCCACUAGUUAUAACAAUAAUCUUAGCAAAAUUGAGUAUGGAGAACAAUGAUUAACAAAUAAAGAUUAUUUCAAAGUAUGGAGACGAUGACAACACAAUUGCUUAGAGGUAAACAAUAAUUGUCUUUGGAAAGAUUGAUUUAGUAGGAGUUAAUUGUUACUCAAAAAAAUUAAGGAUUUUAAUUUGAAAUGGUAGCUAUUAUAUUUUUUAUUUCCUAAUAUAAUUAUGAAGAUUGAUUUAGUAAGAGUUAGUUGUUACUCGAAAAAGGCUUUUAAUUUGAAAUGAUGAUUAUUAUAUUUGUUAUUGCCUAGUAUAGAUAACAGUCCUUUGUAUCUAUAUAACAGACUUUCAUUUAAUAAUAUAUUUGUAUUAAUUUAUUCUCUAAUUAAUCUUAAAAUGUCUAUAACACUAGUUCAACAUAUACAUUCCACUGCACUUGCAUUGCUGUAGUUUAAAAUUAUAUUCUUUUUUAUUUAGAUCAACUAUCACAUUCCUAAAUUUUGUUGACAUUAUUUCCUUAUCUUGAUACAUGUUACUACAUGAAACUUGCAAAGAGAAUAAGAGCGAAUGUUCUCAUUUUCUGGUUUAAGAAAUUGAAAUGAAAAAUCAAGGAAAUAGGGAAAGCGAGACAUUGUGGAACUGGUCUUAAUUUUCUCAUGGUUUGUAAAAGCACAUAAAAAAGAAAGAAAAAGAGGAAGGAGAACUAGUGUUCAAAAUGUUUUCCUAGUUAAAGAGUAACAAUCUUUGUUCCCUAAUAUCCUUCUUUAGUUGAUUUCAAGAUUUGAAUUAAUCAUCAUAUUCAUAGAGUGAUAGGAUAAGUUACUUUGGUCGAUUCACCUACUCUGAUUUGUUCUGUACAUCAAGUAGAUUUGUUCCUUAACUUUUGUGAUUUGUUCUCUUAAGUAGGUUUCUUAAGAAGGAAAAUCUUGUUGUAGGGUACUACAAGUAAAUGUUUUUUGGGGGUGCAAUAAGUGGUUUCUUUAAUAGUGUAGAAGUGUAUUACAUGUGGUAAUGUGAUUGUAAAACCUCUGAUUGGGACUGGAUGUAAGUCACAAGUGGAUGUGCAGUAUAAAUUGGUUGUGCAUUUUUCAUCUAU